AUGGGGGAUCCUUUCUAUGAGGUGCGCAACGCCCUCACAGUGGGCAACUAUCAUCAAGUUGUUGCGGAGGCAAGUGGGGCAAAGACCACACUUCGGAAGGCAGACGAGGUGGCAGCAUUUAACGCAGAGAAGGAUUUACUGCUUGCGCUUGCGCAGAUUGGACUUGGCCAAGGUGAUGCAGUUGUGUCGCAAUUGGCCUCUGCCACGCACCCAACACUGCGGGCUGUGAAGAACUGGGCAGAGUUCUGUUUGGCUGUAAAGAAUCAGCCAUCCGACGUGGGGCUGAACCCCUCCGCGUCGGCAGCACUGACAAAGUUGACAGAAGCCGCAGAGGAGGUGAACGUGGCACACUGCCAGGUAGCAGUGCUCACCGGUUGCGCUCUCCUCACGUCGGGGGAUAAUGCGGGGGCGCUCAAGCUGGUGAAGCAUUGGAUCAACGAGCUUCCACCUCCACAGGGAGCGGCUGCUUUGCGUCAGCACGUGGAGCUGCGCGCCAUUGCUGUUGAAGCACUCUUGCGUAUGCGACGACCGGAGUUGGCGCGCAGUGAGCUUAAGGCGAUGGAGCAGUUGGAUGAUGAAUCCGCACUUAUGGUGCUGUACUCCGGUAUAGUAAGCCUCCAGGAAGGGGCAAAGAGUUCUGAUGCGUAUCAAACGGCUAUGCAGCGUUUUAAAGAGGUUUCGAUGCGGUGUGGCCCCAGCGUGCUAACCCACAACUUGAUGGCACUUGCACAAAUGGGACUUGGCGACUUUGCUUUAGCCGAGCGCAGUCUUCUUGACGCAUUGGCCUUGCGUUCCAGCGAUGCCGACACGACAGCCAACUUGGCCGUUGUGUCUGUUUUCCUUGGGAAGGCGGCAGAUCCGAUGAACCGCUACAUUCAGCAAGCUGCUACUGUUGAUGGGACAUGGAGCCGGCAGUUUGCUGCCAUGAGCGCACGCCUUGACGACGCUAUUCAGCAGUUCGGGGCGACUGCCUAA